AUGAAUCAACGAACAAAUGUUGACGUUCCAACACCAGCCGGAUGUAAAACACCGUUUGAGGUGGUAACUGGAGUAAGACAAAGGGCAGUGGCAGGAACCUUCCUCUUCAAUUUCGCCAUCAACGACAUUAUGCGAAGAAGAGUAGAUAAAUGUCCUGCCGAUAUCAUCCUAGCAUCAUCAGGAUGCCCCUUGACCGAUAUCGAGUACGCUGAAGAUGUUGUUAUAUUCGCGGAAAGCAGUACGAAACUUUAA